GGGGAGGAGGAAAAGCGACAACCCGGAAGCUGCUGGUCUGGGCGCCUCCAUAUUGGCCGGGUCCUUGGGCGCCGCCAUAUUGUGCGAAUCAUUCUCACUCUUCAGGUCAGGCACAGCCAGAGAGGAAGGAAGGAGGAAGAGGAGGAAGAAGAAGCAGCGGAGGAGGAGAGGGGCCGCCUCCCCUCCCGCGCCCCAAACAUGUCUGAGACUUAUGAUUUCCUCUUCAAAUUCCUAGUGAUUGGAAGCGCUGGAACGGGAAAGUCUUGCCUCCUCCAUCACUUCAUAGAGAGCAAAUUUAAACAGGAUUCCAAUCACACAAUAGGGGUGGAAUUUGGAUCUAAAGUUGUGAAUGUUGGUGGCAAAACAGUGAAGCUCCAGAUCUGGGACACAGCUGGGCAAGAGCGGUUUAGGUCGGUUACUAGAAGCUAUUAUCGGGGUGCAGCCGGGGCGCUGCUGGUCUAUGACAUCACCAGCAGAGAGACGUACAAUGCCUUGGCCAACUGGCUAACGGAUGCCCGGACUCUGGCCAGUCCCAACAUCAUCAUCAUUCUCUGUGGCAACAAGAAGGAUCUGGAUGCUGACCGGGAAGUCACGUUUCUGGAGGCAUCCCGUUUUGCUCAGGAGAAUGAGUUAAUGUUUCUGGAGACCAGCGCCUUGACCGGGGAGAAUGUAGAGGAAGCCUUCCUCAAAUGUGCCCGGACCAUCCUGAACAAAAUUGAAUCGGGUGAACUUGAUCCGGAGAGGAUGGGCUCAGGAAUCCAGUAUGGGGACGCUUCUCUGCGCCAGCUGCGGCAGCCACGAGGGACCCAGACACAGACUAGGCAGCAAUGUAGCUGUUAGAGGCGGAGUCCAAGCAUGCCUGGCAACUGUCUUGCAAGUGCUGGAACUUGGCUGCUUUUGGGCCCAGGGCUGUAUGAAGCACCGUCUUUUGUUCUGUCCCCCAGGACUAUGUGCCUCGUCGGCUGAAGCCUUCUUGCUUACAAGAAAUUGUGAUGCAUCUCCGUGCUGCCGCCGCCACCUCCCCUCUCGCCUCCCUUCCUGACGAGAAGCUUUGCAACCUCAGGCCCCAGACCAGCUUUGUUGUGGGUUGUCCGCAGCGGGGACUGCGGCAUCCUCUGGUUGCUUCUCCCUGCCGCAGGCCGAGCCUCCUCUCCGGACACCCUGUGACUGUUUAUGGCGUUGAGGUCAGUGGGCUCUGUGCUCAUGGAAGGCAGGCAGAGAUCCGUGAAGGAAUCCAAGGACCGUUAGGCCCUGUAGUUAAUCUCUUUCUGACUUAAUGACAAGAUGCAGUUCUGAUUUAGGGGUGAAGAGGGGUGCGUGUUUGUUUGUGUCACUUUGGAGAUCUUUAAUUUGUCUUCUCUGCCACCGGCCCUGUCCUUAAAGUGAACCUUAAUUCUGCCUUUUGAGGAGAAGUCGGCGUGAUGAGAGCACACGUUACUUGGUGGGGUCUUUUGGAGGUAGUGGAAUGCACUGCCCCCACUAAGACGCCUAAAUGGGAAUAUUCUGCCUUGGUAGCAAACCAGACAGACCUUCUUCCUAAGCAGCAUCUCUGGUGCUCAUCUUUCCAUUGAGGGGUCCAGCUUGAAUUUGUGGGUUCAACACUUGUGGCACCAGCUGGGCUGUGUGUGUGUGUUUAUUUCUCUCACUCUCUUGUGCCACUUUGAAGGUGCAUCUCCUGUUUCUUUUGCAGACUCUUUUUUUUUUACAUUCGCUCUCUCUCCCCCACUCUCUGCCUACCCACUUCCCCUCUGGGCCAGGAACCAGCCAGGAGCAGCCCAAGAGAGGGCUGUGGGCUCACCACUUUUAGACAGGGUUGGUAAAGAGUCCAGAUCUUCAGAGAUUGAGCUGUUGCCUGUGUGACUGUGUCUCCUGGUGUGGGGGAAGACAUGGGGUGGGUGGGUGCCAGUGUCUCUUCUCCCCCUGUCCUUGAUGCUUUUACAGCCAUCUCUUUGAAACCUUAGACCAGGCACCACUGUGAAAUGCUUGUGAGAUUUUAAGGCCCAGGAGCUUAGAAGAGCCCCUUCCUUGUCAAAAAUUCUCAUCCUUUUGAUUCCAUCAUAAUGAGCACUUAAGGUUUCCUGCAGCCCUUUAUUAAUCUAUCGGUAGGUUGCCCUUUAUCCCAGUUUCCUUCCAGCAGCUUAGUCAAUAAAUAAGGUUUCCAAGCUCUUGUCCUUGACUUCCAGCAGAACUGUUGGACUCACCAUUCACCUCCUGCUUCAGUUCAGGCUGGAUUGGCUCUGUGGGUGGGUAAUGCAGAGGAAAGGGAUGGGCGUCCUCCUUAGCAGGAUAGAAGGGGGAGCUGGGCAUUUCCCCCACCACGUGGCAUCUUUCUCCUUUGUAGUGGCUGGCUGUGGUGGUUUGCGUGAGCCUGUCUCAAGUGUGCCUCCUGUUCCCUUUCUCCGGCGACAUCCUUUCCUAUGUUGGCCUCUUGCCCUUUCUUUGUCCAUCACUCUUCUGUGCCAGAGAGUGUUUUUUGAAUGCUCCUUCAUGUCUUGUUCUGUGGUUUCAGCUCAGAUGGCUUUUGAGUGUUCUCCAGGGUGUGGCAGUUUUCAGACCUUGAGACAAGAUGUGUUCAUUCAAAAGUGUUUCCUUUGCAAAGAAGCACCUUCAUGGCAAAUUUGCCAAAAUCAGUGUGAAACUGAGAGGUUGAAUGGAGGCUUUAGCUGUUGGUGUUUAUUUCUGUUAAUAGAUGCGAAGUAUGAAGUUUGGACAUGUACCUCUGGAUAUGGGGAGGAAUUCAGCCCUCCCCUCACUGCCUAGCUUUACAGACACCUGACAGUGGGGUGCGUGGGGUGGGGGAGAGGACAGUUUCUUCUGCUGGACUGCCAGAGCUGGCACUUCUUGUAUGAGUCACUGGCUGGUUGGAGAGGGCAACUUUCCCCCCCAAAAAAAUAUCUGCCACCUCCACACCAGCUCCUUCAGCUGAUCCCCUCCUUCCAAAAAAGAAAUGUCCCAAGAGGAAAGAAGGGGUGGUAGAGAUCUCGUUAAGAUUUUCUUUUGCCUUUUUUCUUUUAAAAAGUAUAAAGUUUAACUUUGUUAUUUAUUACUUCUGUGUCGGGGGGUAAAAGGCUACUGUCAUCCUCUGUGUGCCCCCUCCUGUUUCUCCUCCCCACCCCACAAAUAGUUCUAUAUGAACAAUCUCCCUCUCUAAUUCGAGGUAGUUCUUCCUUGAGAUAUGCCAAGAGAUGGGCACAGCUGGGGUGGGGGGAUCCUUUUAAUUGGUGGUUGAGCAGCUGACGGUUACGGAAGUUUAUUGCCCAGAUUCUCUGGUUGAUUUCUCUCUCUAAAUGCGAACAUUCCUCCAGUUUAAGGCUGUGAUUCUCCUAAAUAAAGUCUUCUUUUUUUCUUUUCCACA